GCAUAACUUCCAUACCAAGUUUAAUUUAUUGACUGUAACAAAGAAAUGAGGAACACUUUAAGAGUACUCUCAUGAUGGUGGCAGUUUGUCUAUAAAUAUGGAAUGUCACAUAAUUCUUCCUAGCAGAUUCUCACUCACUCUCUGUCUCUCCACCUCACUCUACCACCAUGUCUGUUAGUGAAUCAGGUAAUGGUGAUCAUCAAUCUCACCAGGAAAUGGUAGAGAUUAAAACGUUACUUAAAGUUCUUGUUGAAUCUCAAGCUAAGCUCUUAAACUCUCAAUUAAUUACUCAAAACCAGAUAUUAGAUAUUUUACAAAGCAUUUGUAACACGGGUAGUAAUUAUAAAAAUGAUGAUCAUAAAGCUUUCCAGAACCCAUCAUCAUCUGACUGUCAUAAGCCGCAAGCUUCAAUCUUGUCACCAGCAGCAUUAUUGACACCCGAAGAAGACACUGCCAACAGAAGCAACGCUAAAGCUAAAGUUGCAGAAAACGCGAAAAGGACACCAUCAGUAGUGUUUGAAGACAUCACACAGGCGUUAUCUGAUGAUGAUCCUAAAGAACAAUAUCAGCAGCCGCCGUUUGAACAUCAACUUAGUGAUUUCACAGCAUAUCAUGAGACCAUGGAGCGGAAUCUUCGAUCUCAGGGUCGUAAGGUGAUGAGUAAAAAGUAUGUUUUGGAUGGAUACAAGCAGCUGUACUAUGCAGCAUGUGAUGGUGACUGGGAAAAAGCUAGUAAGUUUUUCAAAAACAAUCCACAAGCGAUUCGAGAAGUGAUCACAGAAGAACUAGAAACACCACUGCAUAUAGCUAUAAGCAAGAAUCACUUGGUGUUUAUAGAGGAGAUUAUCAGACUCAUGCCACCAGAAGUAAUGGAAUUUAAGAAAAGAAAUUCUGAGUUUACAGCACUUCACUUGGCUAUCAAGUAUGGAAACCUUAAAGCAGCUGAGAUGAUGGUUAAGAUGAACCAGAAGUUAACUCAGAUACGCAAUAGCGAUGGACGGGUACCCCUAGCUUAUGCUCUUGCGUAUACUACAGGUGCACAGAAAGAGAUAGUUGAGUACCUUUACUCUGUAACUAAUGAUGAGGACCCAAGUCCAUUCUUGGGUCAUGAUGGUGCUAGCCUAUUGUGUGAUGCAAUUAAUCAAGAGUUUUACGAUAUAGCGUCGUCUCUUGUCCACCGAUUUCCAGCAUUGGUUAGUACGAAGUCGAAGCGAUCUAAGCAUUAUGGAUUAGAAAUACUUGUUGGGAAGCCGUCGACAUUCUUAAGCGGAGCUAAGCUGACAUGGUGGCAGCGUUGCAUUUAUUCAUUAAUUCAAGUGGACAUGGAUGCUGCGCAUGGCUACGACAGCCAAAUAGAUGACAAAAACACUUGCGGAAUAGAUGAAAGGAACGAAAGAGAAAAUGGCAAAUGUUCAGAGAGCACCGAAUCAGACGAAGAGAACCCUUCACAAAGCAUAAGGGCCAAUAUUGAGGAUGCAGGGAACCCUUCAAAGAGCCCAGAAGGCAUCAUAGGAGAUGAAGAUCAUCUUUCAGUGGGCUAUGAAGUCCCCUUAUCAACUAGUAAAGACCCAUCAAUAAUCCAGUCCAUCUCAAUCCUCUCCAUGCCUUACCUAAUGCGAGUGCCUCAAAUCAAACAAUUGUACAACCAGAAGUUGAUGCAUCAACAGGCCCUCGCAUUGGUCCAAAAUAUGUUAGGACAGCUCGGCGAAACAAUGAACAAGAAAGAGAUAGCAGAGUUUUUUGACAGUUCUACCGCCAUCAAAGUAGCUAUAAAGCAUGGGUCCAUGGAGUUUAUAGAGGCGACCCUUGAGAAAUUAGAUUACCUAAUUGGGCAAGAAAUGGGAGGACUAACAAUGAUGCAAAUGGCUGCUCAAGAACGAGAUGAUACUAUUUUCAAUUAUUUAAGCGAAACCGCUGAUAUUAUGGGGGGGAAAAUGAGUCUAUAUUCUAAAGAUGAUAAAAGCUACAACACUCUCUUACACUAUGCUGCAAAAUUAGCGCCUUUGGCUAAACUCAAUUUGUUUUCUGGUGCAGCUCUGCAGAUGCAACGUGAAUUACAGUGGUUCAAGGGCGUGGAAAGUAUCCUACUCAAGAAAAAAAGGUUCAGCCCAAACAUAGAUGGAGAUACAGCUCAGUCGAUAUUUACAGAGGAACAUAAAGAUUUAGUGGUGAAAGGCGAGAAAUGGAUGAAGGAUACAUCUGGAUCUUGCAUGGUAGUAGCUACCCUCAUUGCUACUGUAGCAUUCGCAGCUGCUUUUACUAUCCCUGGAGGUAAUAUAAGUGAUAGUAAUAGCAGCAAAAACGGCACUCCAGUUUUCUUGGGAACUAUAUCAUUUAUCGUAUUCGUGGUGGCUGAUGCGUUAGCUCUAUUUUCUUCGAUCACUUCAGUACUUAUGUUUUUAGCUUUAUACACAUCAAGGUAUGCAGAAGAAGAAUUCCUCACGUCCCUUCCACGAAAACUUGUUAUAGGUCUUGGAACCUUAUUCAUAUCCAUGGCUACCAUAUUGGUAGCUUUUAGUGCAGCACUGUCCAUUGCGCUUGAAGAUAGGUGUGUCUGGGCACCAAUUCCUAUGGCGUUAUUUAGUUGUGUUCCUGUGUUGCUAUUUGUACUGCUGCAGUUGCCAUUGUUUGUUGAAAUUGUUCGUUCUGCGUACUGGGGUAGCCUCUUCUCAGAACAUAGAUAUGUCCUACCUAGAGUUACUCAGUACAAUGGUAUAAAGAAAGAUAGUUGAGCUUUAUAUCAGGCUGUUCUGGCUGCAAAGAAUUGGGAGGUGUAAUGAAAUGUAUGCCCUGUGUGCAUAAACUUUGGUGCAUUUUACUCAAUUUACAUUUCUUGAUACUGAACAUUUGCAAUUGCUAUAUCCCUGUUAAUGAAAUCUUUUGUUA